AUGGAAGACGAUACAGGCGGAACUGGAGGCUCUAUUGGUGGUCUAGGUUAUUGGAAGCAGAAUCUCUAUUUGUUACAAGAACGAGCACCAAAGCCAUUAGCUGUUAAGUGUAACAGGGUUAUUGAGAAUAGACCUCCACAAUAUGGCAGUGAAUUCCACGGGCUCAUUGAUAGAGUCGAGGCGGAUCGAAUGCUCAUGGAGGCCGGUGAAGGAGCUUUUCUUGUUAGAGAAUCUAAGCGAUCUCAAGAUGCGUUCACACUUUGUAUGCUGUUCGAUGGCCGUGUACUCAACUAUAAGCUUUACUACGACGGCACUCACUAUGUGGGCGAAAAGCGGUUUGAAACUAUGGAACUAUUGGUAGCAGACGGAUUGAUCUCGAUGUUCAUGGAUAAGCAUGCGUCAGACUAUAUAAAAAGAAUGGCCGACGAAGCAAUCUAUGAGCAUAGCGGUAUUUUCAAGGGUGUUCGAUGUGAAGAUUGCGGUUUUGCUGCUCAUAAGCGAUGUUCUGAGCAUACGUUACCGGAUUGUCGACCUGAAGCUCGUUAUGUGAAGCGAAUGUUUGCUGUUGAUCUCACGACUCUUUGCUUGGCGCAUUCAACCCCUAUUCCUCCAGUGGUCACUAAAUGUAUUUAUGAGGUUGAGGCGCGAGGUUUGAAUGUAGAAGGCAUAUAUCGAGUUUCUGGUUCACAUGAGCAUAUGGAAAAGCUGAAACGACAGUUUGAUUCACAGCAAAGUGUGGAUUUGAAUCAGGUAGAUGAUAUCCACACAGUAUGCGGUCUACUAAAGGGAUUGUAA